UUAAAAGGCUACGUAUUCUGAAUUAUUAGUCAACAAAAGAAAAAGAAGAAGCAAAACGAAAUUUAGUAUUGAAUAAAUUUGCAGAAAAAAUCUUGAACAUGUCGAUCUUGGAUAAUAUCAGAGAUUGGUUCACUUCCGAAACGGCUCGCAACAAAAAUUCAUCAUUAAUUGCGGGCUUGCUGUUCUUUGCAGGAUGGUGGACUUUAAUAGACGCUAUGUCUGUCGAUCCAAAACAUCAAAUAACAACUGGUCAUGUAUUCAUUGGUAUUUUUGGUACAAUUAGCCUUUUUAUGGUGAAUACUGUAAAGAAUUCUCAUAUAUCCGAAGACAAUACAUCCGAAUCUGGAGCUAGAAUUGCUAAGAUAUGGCUAUUAAUCGGUUUUGUUAUGGGAUUCGCUUCGAUCAUUGCAGCAAUAUGGGUUAUGAUAGACGACUUCAUCAAUAACCCCAAAAAGGAUUCCGGACUUGGAGUGGCUUUACUUAUGCAAAAUCUAUUGAUCUUGCUAUCCAAUCUUACAUACAAAUUUGGCCGAGAUGAAGAACUUUGGAAUGAAUAAACUUAUUCCAUUCUGACAUUAUGAAGUAUUUAAUUACAUCUAUUAGAGGGUUCGUAAUUUACACAUAAUAAUAAUGCAUAAAUAUAUAAGGUCAUCUAUAUAAACCAUAAUAAAAAUCUCAAUACAUGUUAUAUACAA